AUUUUUGUUUGUGUGCUGUUAAGCCACUGAGUUUGAAUCCUUUAAUUAGUCUAAAAGAAGUCAAACACUGCUGCCUCCCCUCCUUAUAUAGAAGACUACUAUUUCUUUUCAGAUAUUGCUAAAAUUUGGAAUUCAGACAAAGAGAUCUAGCUAGAGAAAAGGAGAUAAUAAGAAGAUAACUAAGGUCUAUAUGCCAUAUAUGGAGGCCACUUUGAGAAAUUCUAUUCAUGGGGGUGUAGUCAAAGAGGAAAACAAGAACAAAGCUGAAUCUAGUCCUGAUCGUGAAAGUUGUGCAGAAAAUAUUUUCCUUAAGGUUGGGAAGGGAAGAAAAGAGCGUGAGGAUGAUAAGUCAAAGCCAUCCUCUCCUCAGCACAAGGAUUUCACCCUUGAUAAUGAGGGAACUGCUGUCAUGGUAAAGAGAGAAAGAUCGCCACCAGAACUCAACUCAAUGGCAUCUUCAUCCACUCAGAAAGAACAGAAUGAUCAGCUCGCAUCAGCCAAAGUUGAAAUGCGAGAGGUAAUGGAAGAAAAUCAGAGGCUGCGAAUGCACUUGGAUCGAAUCAUGAAGGAUUAUCGAAACCUUCAGAUGCAAUUCCAUGAUAUUGCCCAAAAGGAAGCUGAAAAAUCCAGCAGUACUGUGAAUACUACACAUCAUGAAUCUGAUCAAGAAGCUGAUCAACUUGUUUCCCUUUGCUUAGGAAGGACAUCGAGCGAUAUGAAAACAGAAGAGUUGUCUAAAAUAUUUAGCAAAGAUAAGGCUCAUUAUAAUAAUGAUGAAGAAGAAUAUAAAGCUGGGGGAUUAACACUAGGAUUGGAUUGCAAGUUUGAAAUGUCUGCUAAAACAACUCCUACGACAGAAUCUUCACCUGUUAAUCUCAGUCCAGAGAAUAGCUUAGAAGAAACUAAGGAAGAAAAUGGAGAGACAAACAAAAUUCUCAAGACAAUGAGAAAUGGAGAUGAUGAUGUUUCUCAACAAAACCCUACUAAAAGAGCUAGGGUUUCUGUUAGAGUCAGAUGUGAUGCCCCUACGAUGAACGAUGGAUGCCAAUGGAGAAAAUAUGGUCAAAAAAUUGCCAAAGGAAAUCCAUGCCCUCGAGCUUACUAUCGUUGCACAGUAGCACAAUCUUGCCCAGUUAGAAAGCAGGUUCAAAGAUGUGCUGAGGACAUGUCAAUAUUGAUCACCACAUAUGAAGGAACACACAACCACCCUCUUCCUCUUGCAGCCACAGCAAUGGCUUCCACCACCGCAGCAGCCGCUUCCAUGCUCUUAUCCGGUUCGUCCAGCUCAUCAGACCCAAGUCCACAAGUAACCGCCGCCGCCGCCGCCGCCACCACCACCUCAGCCAAUCUCAACGGACUCAACUUCUAUCUAUCUGAUACCUCAAAAUCAAAGCCACCAUUUUACUUUCCAAAUUCAUCCUUUUCAUCAUCAUCUGCACCUAAUUCCCUCCCUACAAUAACUCUUGAUUUGACUUCCACCUCAUCCUCCUCUUCCCUUUCUCAUCUUACCAGAAUGGGUAGUACUAGUACUUUCCCCCCAGCUAGAUAUAAUAAUAAUUCGUCCGCAAAUGUCCUCAACUUUAGUUCAUUGGAAUCCAAUCCUCUUCCCAUUUCUUGGAGCAAUGGAGUGCUUAAUUAUGCAAAUCAAGCCUAUAACAAGAACCAAAAUAUUGCUUCUCUUGCCUUCUCAUCAAGACCAACUCAAGAAAAUCUUUUCCAAUCUUAUUUACAAAGAAAUAAUACACAAUCUGCUUCUUUACCACCAGACGCAAUUUCAGCUGCAACAAAAGCAAUAACAUCAGACCCAAAUUUCCACUCUGCAUUAGCUGCUGCUCUUACGUCAAUCAUUGGAAAUACUGGCAUUGGAAAUAAUUCAGCUUCAACUUUUUUGAAUAAACCAACUUCUUCUUCCGCAAAUACACAGUCUGCAAAUAAUAACCUGGUGUUUUUCACGCAACCUAAUUCUUCAUUGCCAUUUUCAGCACCCAAGGGUAAAUCUACCUCUCCUAGUGAUAAUAAGUUUGAUUAAAUUUUCAUGCUUGGGUUCGUUGGAUUUUUGCUGGCUGAAGCAAGGAAUUAGCUAGUUAAUUAGCAGCAUUAAUCAUCUGUUGAGUACUUUUUUUUAAUGAUGAUUUGGACGUAAAUAAUGCAGAUAGAGUUUGUAGAUAUAUUCAGUUUCAUAAGCCCAAUUGACACUUUGAAAGCUGAAGUGAUCACUACUUUAAUUAGCACUUCAUUUUGUUGUUAACUUGAAUAAUAUGGUUGUAAAUAAGAUUCUUUUACAAAUGUGGAUCUCUUUUUAGUA